AUGGCAAGACUGCAGAAUAUCGUCAAUGGAACGACGACGAAUGAACCUCUGACCAACGGACAUACUGAUCAUGUUGAGAAUAUCACCUUCAAAGCAAAAUCGAACGGCUAUUAUGAUUCCGGAAGUUUAAAGGAACCAGCAGUGGUUUACACAGAUGUCCACGAGACCUCUCUACCGGCUACAAAGCUUGAGAAGGUUCCACCGUUACCGCGAGUGCCACCAAGUGGUGUAUGGGCUCCGACCAUCACUUUCUUCGAUCAUUCAACGGACAAUCUUGACAUUGAAGCCCAGGCUAGAUACUACAGCUAUAUGGCUAAAACAGGACUGGCCGGCCUUGUCGUACUGGGAACGAAUUCUGAGACUUUCCUCUUGACCCGCGAAGAACGAAAAACACUGUUAGAAGUCGCAAGAAGGGAGUGUGGCCCAAGUUAUCCCAUUAUGGCGGGUGUGGGCGGCCAUUCAACGAAACAAGUCCUGGAAUUCAUCUCCGACGCAGCCGAAGCAAGGGCCGACUAUGUCCUGCUCUUACCACCGGCGUACUUCGGCAAGCAAACGACUCCGGCCGUCGUUAACGAUUUUUUCAAUGAUGUCGCUCAGGCAAGCCCACUACCGAUCGUGAUAUAUAACUUCCCAGCUGUCUGCAACGGCAUCGAUCUCGACUCCGCGACGAUCGCCGCUCUGGCGAGGAAGCACGACAACAUUAUCGGUGUGAAACUGACCUGCGGCGCCGUGGCAAAGAUCACCAGGCUGACAGCUGAAUUCCCGGCCGACAGAUUCGCAACGUUUGGAGGACAAUCGGAUUUCCUUAUUGGAGGUCUGGCUUCCGGGUCUGCGGGCACAAUAGCGGGAUUCGCAAACGUGUUCCCCAAGACCAUCGUGCAGAUUUAUAACCUCUACCAGGCGGGUCGUUUCCAGGAAGCGAUGGAAUUGCACAGGAAAGCCGCCUUGGCUGAACAGCCUUGCAAGGCUGGUAUCAGCGCCGUCAAGUACGCAGCCGCUCUCAACACAGCAAAGGCCGCUGGCAUAGAGGGUGCUUUGGAGAAGUUAAAACCUAGGCGACCUUAUGCCGAGCCCUCAGAGUCGGCAAAGAAGGAUAUUGAGCUGCAGAUUGCGAGCUUGGUGGAUAUUGAGGCAAGUCUUUGA